AUGGCGUCGUGCUCCAGCGCCAGCGACAGUCGAGUCGACGCGCAUGACGGGCCUGCUGCGAUGGGGGAAGGGUCUGGCGCGCCAGCACUCGCUCGCAGUCAAGAACAACCCACCCGCUCUACCGCCUUCCACACAGCGUCCUCUUUUGCAACCACCACCACCACUACAAGCAGCACCAACGGCAGCGUCGGCGGCGCCAGCCCACAAGUGCGGCCGGGCGCGCCCGCGCCAUGGGUGCGCGCCAACAUCGAGGCAAUGGCGUCGCGCGCGGCGGUGGAGAAGGCGGAGGCGGAGCGGCGGCUGGCGGCGGCGGAGGCGCAGCUGCGCGCGGCGCUGGAGGAGCUGUACAACCGGCACCGCAAGCGGUCGGACGCGUACUCGGCGGUGUUUGGCGCGCGGCACCCGCUGUGCCAGCACGGCGACUCGUGCGUGGCCAACGCCGUGGGCAGCCUGUGCCAGAGCUUCCUGCUCGCGUACGGCGUGCGCGUGGGCAUCGGCGUGCUGCUGCGCGCCUUCAAGCUCAUCCGCAACAAGUC